AUGAACACCCGCGAUCCGUUCAAUCUGCAUCGCUCGCCUGCACUCACCAUUCUCCGAGGAACAGCUACCCAAGCUGCAGCGAACGUCUCACAACGGGUCAGGGAGGCCAGCGCCCAGGCACUGGAAUCUGGCAGGCAAGCUGUCGAAGACAUGUCAUUUUCGAUUCCCAAAAAUGUCCCUCCCUUCACGGACCCACAACGGGAAUUAGAGAACAGAGUUUGGGGUUCUUCAGGGGUGACCGCGAGGACAGCAGGACAUUCGAACGGAGGUGUUAUGAGUGGCAUGCAAGACCGAAUGGGAGCCCUCUUCGACAAAACCAGGGCAGAUCUGCCAAUGUAUAAGGACAAGCCAUAUUCGUAUGCCGCCUCCAGGAGACUGCGGCCCAUGUGGAAGCAGAAACGGAUACUGGGCAGCUUUGGGCUCUUUAUACUGGCCAUAUUUUGGUUGCUGGGCUUCUUCAGUAGUGAUGAUGGUGAAAGUGUGAAAUUGAAGGACCGUUGGAAUUGGCUACAGAAAUCAGAGAAGGCCGGAGCCAACGUCGACUGGAUGGAGCGUCGAGAGCAUGUGAAAGAUGCAUUCAUACUAAGCUGGGAUGCUUAUGACCGUUACGCAUGGGGCAAGGACGAGUUUCAUCCCGUCUCAAAACGAGGGCGACAGAUGACCCCAAGUGGCAUGGGCUGGAUCAUCGUAGAUGCUUUGGACACACUGAUGUUGAUGAAUCUGACAAGUAGACUGUCCCAUGCACGAGAGUGGUUGUCAACGUCACUUACUUACGACCAAGAUCAAGAAGUCAAUACUUUUGAAACAACCAUUCGGAUGCUGGGAGGUCUACUCUCUGCGCAUUAUCUUUCAACCGAGUUCCCUGAAAUGGCUCCCCUGAAAGAUGAUGAUGAAGGUGCGAAAGGAGAAGACCUUUACCUGGAGAAAGCAACAGAUCUGGCAAAUCGUCUGAUCGGGGCUUUUGAAUCUCCCUCAGGGGUGCCAUACGCGAGUGUCAACUUGAAGACCAACCAAGGCGUGGUCUCACACGACGAUGGCGGAGCCUCCUCGACUGCGGAAGCGGCAACUUUGCAGCUGGAAUUCAAGUACCUGUCGAAACUUACUGGGGAAUCUUUCUACUGGGAAAAGGCCGAGAAGGUCAUUCAGGUGAUUGAUGACAACGGUAUGGAGGAUGGAUUGCUUCCAAUUUACAUAUACGCACAUGAUGGUCGUUUUCGAGGAAAGAACAUUCGAUUGGGUAGCCGAGGUGAUUCGUACUACGAGUAUCUGAUCAAACAAUAUUUACAAACCUCAAAAGAGGAGCCGAUCUACGAGGAGCUUUGGAAUGAAUCUCUUGCGGGAGUCCGCAAGAAUUUGAUAACAUACUCUGAAAGAUCUCAGUUUACCGUUCUUGGGGAGCGACCCGAUGGCUUGGAGGGCGCACUGUCUCCCAAAAUGGACCACCUCGUAUGCUUCAUGCCUGGGACAAUCGCUCUCGGCGCUACUGGUGGAAUUCCGGAAAAAGAAGCCAGGAAGCUGCCUAGCUGGAACCAAAAGAAAGAUGAAGACAUGAGACUCGCUCGUGAGUUGAUGCGCACCUGCUGGGGAAUGUAUAAGGUCAUGGCAACUGGGCUCGCGGCAGAAAUUACAUACUUUAACAUCCACAAUCCUCCACUUCCGGAAUCUGCUCCUCACAAGGCACCUCUUGAAUUUGAGGAUAGUGAGGAUGCUGAGUGGAAGAAAGAUUAUGUGAUCAAAUCCCAAGAUAGCCAUAACUUGCAGCGGCCAGAAACAGUCGAGAGCUUAUUCUACAUGUGGCGGAUCACUGGGGAUAACAUCUACAGAGAGUGGGGCUGGGAGAUGUUCAAGUCCUUUGUGAACUACACUGCCGUGGAGGACGGUGGUGGCUUUACGAGUUUGUCUAACGCAAACAUGGUCCCACCAUCCACAAAGGACAACAUGGAGAGCUUCUGGCUGGCUGAAACACUGAAAUACUUCUACCUGCUCUUCUCGUCCAAUGAUCUCCUCCCACUCGACAAAAUAGUAAUCAAUACUGAAGCACACAUCUUCCCACGCUUCAAACUCGGUCCAUUGUUCAAGACAGGCUGGACACGGAAACCCCGAGGCCCAGACGGAAAAAUCUUACCGGAACCCACGAAGGCGACGGAGCAUGUCGUGGUCAGGACAGAGACGAUCAUGGCAGUGAAGACUCAGGCAUGA